GAGGAAAAAAAAUACCAGCUGAGAAGACACCACAUCAGAAUUCUUCAUUUUUAAGCCUGCAGAGUAGUAUGAUUUCCCAGAAAAAAAAUGCAGUGGCUCAGCGAAUAUCAUCAACAAGACUUCACAAAAUUAAAGAGCUGAAGAAUGAAAUAUUUGAUUUACAACACCAAUUAGAAGCAUCAAGCUUAGAAAACCAGGUUUUGAAACGACUUCAGUGUCAACACUCGAAAGCAAUACAUAGAUACGAAAAUUCAGAACGUAACUUGCCAGAUCUUUUAGCAAGUCACUAUAAUGAGGUGAGAGCCUUAAGGAAACUCCUGAGGAUGUCUCAGGAGGAUGAGAGAAAUACAUCCAAGAAGCUCAGAAAAGUUGAAGCAGAGCUGCUAAAAGCUAGAGAUGCUUUGCAGACCUUGCAUAUGCUUUCAGAAGACAAAGCUCUUGCAGAGAGAGAGGAACUUGGUCACAGAUUAUCAGUCCUUACAGAAAAAAUGGACGUGAAUUAUAAGAAAAUACAGAGCCUAGAAAAGCAGCUGAAGUUGAACAAUAGCACCUUUAGUCGUCAGCUGGCAAAUGAGAACAAAAAGGCUGUGGAAGCUGGGAUAAUUACAAAGAAUUUACAAAUGGAAAUUAACUCUCUUCACCGGAAGAUUAAGGAAAAGGAUCGGCAACUUUAUAUAAAAAAUAUCUAUGCAAAUCGGAUGCCUAAAAUCCCAAAAGACAAAAGUGAUUCAGUACCUCAUGAAAAAAGUCUUAGUAUAAACAGAUCGGUACAAGUAGAUAAACAGAGUUUUAGAUCACUGCUGCUGUCACACUAUCAAACUCGGGAAACAGAAAAAAGCCCAAUUCAGCAAACAAAGGAGAAAAAGGUUUCAGAAGAUAAGAACCAAGAAACUAAAGCAAAUGAAGUAUACACAGAUGCCCAAUGUAGAACAGAAAAGCAAUCAGCCAAGAAAAUACCAAAGCCAGAAACCCUUAAUGGAACACGUAGAGAGUAUUUAAGGGAGGGCAGAUUACUGAUGGAAGAAUAUACUUGUUUGGAAUUUAUGAAAGAAAGAGAGACAGAUUUACUUCAACAGCGGCUGAAAAAACUGAUGAAAAUGGAACACACUCCUCUAAGUGACACUGUAAAAGGAAACAACUAUGAGGAAGCCUAUGAAAAAGAAAAAAAGCCAGAUGAACAGCUACCUAAUGGUGAGAAGGCAGGGAGUAAAAGUCUAACUCCAGGUCCAAGAAACAAAACACCCCUUAUGCUGAAAAAAAAGUACAUAUUCCCUGAAGCCACUGAGAAUUUGUAUCAUGGGCUUCUUACAUCAGGUACAAAACCAAAAAGAGGCAGUCUCUGCAACUGUAGACAUGUGGGUCAGGACGGCAGUGAAACAGCUGAAUCAAAAGUGAAAAAUUCCUUUGGGCUGUAUGAACCAUCUUCUGGUAAAGCUACCAAAACAAGGCAGAAGGACAGCUCCACUGAAGCGGAAGGCUGUGCUCAUAUGACAUUUGCUGAAAGGAAAAAUCUUAUGAAAGAACGCUUUGGACCAGGCUGUGUUUGAAGAGACAACCAUUCAAGUUCUAACAUGAGAGGAAUGAAGAAGGAGAAGGGAUGCAGGAUUAUACAAGCCACAUUUCAAACCACCUCUACUAGUUCAUAAUGUAAAGCAUCUAACACCAGUGAAAUAGUAAUCAAUAACCUCAUGAGAAUACACAAAUGAAUUAUUUUGCUAUUUAGUUAAUUACAUCAACUUGUCUUUAGCAAUAAGGAUAUUUAAAAUAUUUAU